GGGACGGACGUUCUAACUGAUAUUCCAACUAGCACAUUAUUACUCUCAAUUUACUUGACCCCUCAUACUUUGUGCGCUUGUACUUAGUUCGAUACUCAUCCGCCUAGUUACCUAGGCCCCCGGGUUCCAUAACCCAACAUUGGUGCUCUCAUUGAGAGUGUCGAACACAUCAAGCGUGCUCCAAAGGAAAAUGGUUGCAUCAAGGAGAGUUACCAGGUCGUCUACCGCCAAUCUCGGUGGAGGUCUCAGGAUGACUGUAACGGCGCCGAUCGGCGCAGGUCCCGAUGAGCUGGACAUCAGCCUCAAUGAUGUCGCCAGCCAAAAUACCACUGACCUGCGUCAUCGCAUUCCCAAGCGGCGAACGAUGAACGCUGGGGUCUCAGGCGCCAACACAGCAGGUGCCCACCUAGGGCGCCGGCAUUCUAACCCAGCCUUCUCCCAACGGGCUCGUGUGUGGGGGAGGCAUGGUGUUGCCCGAGCUUUUUGCCCAACACCUGAAGAAUCUAAUGACGGACUCCCGCCUGAAUCCUUUGGCCGGGGACCCGAGAACAAGGAGUUGAGCCGAUCCCAACAGCGGGACAACGGCAAGGGCCCGGAGCGUAGGCCCAACAAGAAGCAAGCCAGCCGUCGAGACAAAGAAACGACGAGCAAACGUCGUGAACCCUUGAAGGAAGGACAGGGUGAGAGUGAGUCGCACGUAUCCGUGUUCAGCCGGAUGCGAGUGCCGGUCACGGAACGGCUGUACGGCCGACGGAAUGCCUUCCUGCAGAACGAAGCGGGAAAGAUCAGGAUGCCCUGUGAGGAACAGUGUGACCGACACAGAGAGGUCCAUCCGGAAAGGCAAAAUUCCCGGGUCGAGCAACCCGUUCAACAUCCGAUUCUGAGAGCGCCGCAAGGGGCGCCUAUCGCGAUGGACGGGGGCAUGAGCAGACCUGGGGACGAACGCAUCGAUCUCCUCUUGCAGAGACUGGACGCCCUGGAGAGGAGGAACGGGGCGGGACAGGUUGCCGAACCCAUGUUCAGACUUCGUUCUCCUUUCUCCGAAAGGAUCCUGAGGGCACCACGGCCGAGCAGCUUUCAGAUGCCGCCCAUACCAAGGUAUGACGGGACCACGGAUCCGCAAGAGCAUUUCAACCGAUACCAAACCCUCAUGAACGUGGUGACGUUCUCCGAGAAAGUCCUUUGUAGGUCGUUCCCCGCCACCCUCGACGGUUUGGCGUUUGAGUGGUUCAAUGAGCUGCCUGAGGAGAAGAUCGACUCAUGGGAGGAUUUGGCACGAAGGUUCCUGGUCCAUUUUGCCGGGAACAGGAAGAAGAAAUUACAUUUUUCACAUCUCCUGUCGGUUAGGCAACGACCUGACGAGCCGCUGAGGGAAUUCCUGGCGAGGUGGAAGCUGGAGACCACCAGAGUUUACGGAGCGGAUGACAAAACCAGGUUAUCUACCUUCCAUUUGGUCUUACGCUCAGGUGACUUCUCCAAGCGCCUAGCCCUGGAAAAACCGAGGGAGUAUUCCAUCGCGCUGGCCAUGGCAGAGGAUGAAGCCGAAGCAGAGGAGCUGGAGGCAAAUAAGAAAAAGGAGGAAGCUGGAAGGCUUGGUUCUAUCGCGACUGCGGUGAAGCCCAUGCCGAGGAAGGUCACCAUCGAUGAGCGACCACAUUUGCCGGUCGGACACCGCUUCCGGAAGGGCAGAGACCCUCGCGACCGACGAUCGCACGGAAAGGACAUAUAUGAAGAAGGAGGCCAGAACAGGAGACCUUAUCCUCCCAGAGGUCCCAAGUUGUUGUUCCCUGAUGAGCUCACGCCGCUUACACAUCCCGUAAGCGCCAUUCUAGAUUUCGCCGAGCAUCAGAGCUUGGUGGAGUACGAUCCGCGAUUCCCCCCGAUUUGCACUGUCGGAGAGGGCCCUUACUGCAGGUUCCACAGAGCGGCCGGUCAUGACACGGACGUGUGUAAGGUCCUCAAGAGGGAGAUCGAGAACCUGAUCCAGGCGGGAUAUCUGCGACAAUUCGUCAAAAAGAAGAACACAUGGCGCAAGGAUGACGGGAAGAAGAACGAGGACAACCGAGGGAAGAAACCGGCGGGAACUCAGCAGAAGAAGAGGAAGGAGAUAAGUCUCCCGAGCGACGAAGAAGAAGAAGACAACCCUAGACAGAAGAGGGUCGAGGAGAACAGAAUGAUCUACGGUGGCAACACUGGAGGAGACAGUGCCGAGCAAAGAAAGAAGUGGGUACACUCGGCCUAUAUCGGAGAUGUUCACAGCGCACCUGGACCAUCGAAAAUCACGAAGACGGAGCCCCUCCUAUUUGGUCCCAAGGACCUGCCUGAGAUCCCAUCACCCCACAGGGACGCGUUCGUCGUCAAGUGUGAGAUCAACGAGGUGGUAAUCCACCGAUCCUACGUUGACAAUGGGAGCUCGGUGAAUAUCAUGUAUGUAAGGACAUUUGAGGAGCUGGGAUUGAAGAAGGAACUUUUGAAGAGAGUAAGGACUCCCUUGUCCGGAUUCACAGGGGACAUCAUCGAUUCAGAAGGCCUGGUCGAGGUGAUGGUCACCUUCGGCGAUGGAGAACACAAGAAGACAAUCCCGGUUGAAUUUUUGGUGGUACGACUUCUGGGAUCCCAUAAUCUGAUCUUGGGACGGCCUGCACUGGAAGAUCUCGACUCCGUAACAUCGGUGAAGUAUUUGAGCAUGAAAUUCCCUACCGAUUCAGGAGUAGGAGUAUGCAGAGGAAACCAGAAGCUCGCCCGACUCUGCUACCAGAAACAAACAAAGAAGAUGGACGCCCAGGAUCUCAGGGUGGACAGUAUUGCCACGGCACUUUUGAAGGAGGAAGAAGGCCGUCCUCGAGCUGAGCCAGCCGAAGAUACAGAAGAUGUGGUGAUCAUGGAGGAGCAGCAGGAGAAGAAGAUCAAGCUCGGUAUUAACAUUAGUGCCGAACUUCGAUCGAAAAUCAUACAGGUACUCAGGGAGAACUUUGUGGUCUUUGCAUGGAGUGUCGAGGAUAUGCCGGGAGUUAGCAAAUCCCUGAUCACCCACCGCCUCGCGGUCGGAUCGGACGCAGAGCCCAUCCCGAGGGCGGAAAACACCGAGGCCGACGUCCUCUCCAAACUGAGCAACGACACUCCCGAGCACGUCUCCAAAAUGGCUCACAUUGAAGACCUGGGGUCUCCAAGCAUUCACGUUCAGCUCGUCUCUAUCGUUACCGAGGAGGCCAGCGGAUGGAUCGCGGACUUGAUCCGGUAUAAGAAGGACGGAGUCCUCCCCGGCGAUGAGACAACGGCCCAUCUGAUCAAAAGGAGGGCACCGACGUAUGUCAUUGAGAAUGGUCGACUAUACAAGAGAUCAUACAACGGCACAUUGCUGAGGUGUGUUGACGAGGCCAGAGCGGGGCAAAUCAUGGAGGAGGUCCACGAGGGAAUAUGCGUGACACAUCAGGGUCCUUUCUCCAUGGCCAGACGCAUUGUCCUGCAAAGAUACUUCUGGCCGACCAUGGUAAAGGACUGUUCCGAGCGCGCCAAGCGUUGCAAAGUAUGCCAAGUUUUCCAAAACAUUCCGGGGAGGCCAGGAACCAGCUAUCAUCCCAUCAGCUCAUCAAUUCCUUUUGCUCAUUGGGGGAUAGAUUUGAUCGGACUGAUGCCGAGGGCACCCGGUAAUUUCCGCUGGAUCAUUGUGGCUAUCGAUUACUUUACAAAGUGGAUCGAGGCCGAGCCUUUAGUGGGAGGAACCUCAGAACAGUGCUCGAGAUUUGUGAACAACAACAUACUCUGCCGAUAUGGUGUUCCAAAACAGAUCACUACAGACAACGGAACCCAAUUCGAAGCUGGAGAUUUCAAUGAACUUUUGGGAGAUUGGAAGAUAAGGCACACUUACAGCUCUGUGGCAUACCCGCAAGGGGACGGCCAAGUAGAGAACGCCAAUCGAACAAUCAUGGACGGGAUCAAGAAGAGGCUUGAAUCCUACAAGGGAGCAUGGGUCGACCAACUCCCCAACGUGCUAUGGGCAUACCGUACCACUCCAAGGAGGGCGACUGGAGAAACGCCGUUUUCCAUGUGCUACGGCCUGGAAGCGAGGGCACCCUCGGAGGUGUUCAUCCCGACAUGGAGAGAGGAGAAUUAUGAAGCCAAGGAGAAGGAGGAAGCCAUGGUGGCCGAUCUUAAUUUCGUUGAAGAACGCCGAGAGCAAGCUUUUCUCAAAGCAGAGAACUACCGGAGGCAAGUUAAAGAAUAUUACGACCGCAAGGUCAGAGCAAGGGAGUAUCGGGUAGGGGACCUGGUACUCAGGAAGAGGGAGGCCAGUCAGCCUACAGAAGGGGGAAAGUUUGCCAAAAGCUACGAAGGACUGUACAAGGUCAUAGCUGUGCUCUUGCCAGGCACUUACAAGCUCUCCACGCUUGAAGGUCGCGAACUCGGCAGGCACUUGAACACGCACAAUCUCAUUUCUUUUUACAUGUAAGGCGCUGAGAACCGUAACCAGUCGGCCUCGGUAGCUAAAAAAAACAAAACAGCAAGAUCUUCUACUUAAUGAAAUACUCGCUUCCACACGAAUUCCGUUGUUUUUGCUUUACGCAAUUUAAAGACGCUGCUUAGCGCUAUCGGGCUCCCACGCCGCGAUUUUUUUAUGGCCUCACGCUGUCUUUCGCUAUACGCGAACUAAGUCCUUUUGUGCUCACACAUAUCACGAGAAAUGAAUUUUUGCCGUCUCG